AUGGCUACCUUCGGCAAAAUAGAUGAAUAUGAUUCUCAGACUGAUGACUGGAAUGAAUAUGUCGAGAGACUUGGACAUUAUUUCGAAGCAAACGAAAUUACAGAUCAGGGAAUGGAAAUGGCUGCUAAGGAAGUGCAUGAUAUUAAAGGGGGAGAUCAGUUGCCAAGGCCAGUGCACAAGAUGAGAGAGGCUAACAGGAGAAAUAAUGCAGGCAGGAAGUGUGAUCGCUGUGGGGGCUCAAAUCAUGUCAGUAGUCAGUGCUAUUACAAAAACGCUGUGUGUAACAACUGUAAUAAGGUUGGUCAUAUCCAGCGUGCUUGUCGCUCUCGAAGCGCCAUGAAUGAUAGAUCUUCAGGUCGUGGUCACAGUCGUGGUCGCGACAGGGGCCGUUGUCAUGGUCGUGGUACCCAUUACAAGGACAACAGAUCUUCCACUAAUCAUGCUUAUCGUAUUGACGAUGUAUCUCAGGAAGACGAGAACAAUGAAUAUGGACUUUUUAAGGUAGAAACUCAACAUGCUCAAAACGGAUUGAGUGGUAAGCGACACAGAGUGGAGCCCUAUCUCAUUGAAGUGUUAGUUAAUGGUAAAAAGCUAACUAUGGAGAUAGACACUUGCGCAGCAACUUCAGUGAUCAGUUCAAGUACUUUCCAUUCAGUGUGGAAGGAGGGUGAUGACAGGCCCAAGUUAUAUGAUAUAGGGGAAUUCAAGGGUCAAAAGGUCACUAUUGACAUCACCUCAAAUGUGCCAAGAUUUUAUAAGCACAGGAAUGUUGCUUAUGCUCUUCGUCAGAAAGUUGACGAUGAACUUGAAUGCCUUGAAAAACAGGGUAUUAUCAAGCCAGUGCAGUAUUCUGAUUGGGCUGCUCCAAUCGUACCAGUGGUUAAAUCCAAUGGGAACAUACGAAUUUGCGGAGACUACAAAUUAACUGUCAACAAGGUCGCUCGUACUAAUGUUUACCCCAUUCCACGGAUCGAAGAUCUGUUCGCAUCUUUGUCAGGUGGAAAGACUUUCACGAAACUGGAUUUAAGUCAAGCCUACCAACAGUUAACCCUUGACGAGGAGUCGCAAAAGCUCACGACCAUAAACACUCAUCGUUGCCUCUAUCAGUACCAGCGCUUACCCUUUGGCAUAUCGGCAGCUCCAGCUGUAUUCCAGCGAACUAUGGAGUGCUUGCUCAAAGUCAUUCCCCAUGUCUGUGUCUACUUGGAUGAUAUUCUCGUCACCCGGGCCUCUGAACAGGAACAUUUGGAAAACAUGAAGGAACUCCUAUCCAGACUUAGCAAGGAUGGUCUCAGAUUGAACGCACAGAAGUGCAAAUUCAUGGUCGUCUCAGUAGAGUAUUUGGGUCACAAAAUAGAUGCGCAGGGUUUGCAUCCCCUUGAUGAAAAGGUGAAGGCUAUAGCGUCGGCUCCAGCUCCACGCAAUGUUGCUGAACUUAAAUCCUUACUUGGACUCGUGCAGUAUUAUCAGCGUUUCUUGCCUAAUCUCGCCACUACCUUGGCGCCCUUGCAUCGGCUUCUCAGGAAAGAAGUUACCUGGUCAUGGGGAGCUCAACAGAAAAAAGCUUUCAACAUGGUGAAAGGACAUUUGUCUUCUUGUGAUCUCUUGACGCAUUAUGAUCCCCAUAAGAAACUUGUAUUGGGGUGUGAUGCAUCUCCCUAUGGGGUAGGUGCCGUCCUCUCACAUCAGUCUGAUGAUGGUGAAGAGAAACCAAUAGCAUUCGCAUCCAGGUCUCUGUCGCAAGCAGAAAAGAAUUACUCUCAAUUGGAUCGUGAAGCUCUAGCAAUUAUCUUCGGAACUAAGAAGUUCCAUCAGUAUAUCUACGGGCGUUCCUUUACUCUGUUGUCAGAUCACAAACCCCUCGAGAGCAUCUUCAGUCGGGACAAGGACAUUUCACAGAUGGCAUCUAGCAGAAUUCAACGUUGGGCAUUAACCCUCUCUGCAUAUAACUAUACAAUCGAGUACAGAAAAGGUACUUCCCUUGCGAAUGCCGACUGCAUGAGUCGUCUUCCCUUACCAUACACACCACCAAAUCCACCUCUACCAGGGGACACAAUCCUCUUACUGGAAGCAAUGGAUGCUUCUCCUGUGAAAUCAUGGCAAAUUAAACAAUGGACAGACAGAGAUCCAACCCUUUCCAGAGUAAGAAAUUUCCUUCUUUCUGGAUGGCCAAGCAUAAAUCUAGAGGAGUCUUUCACUCCUUUUGUGAAAAGGAAACAUGAAUUGAGUGUCCUUGAUGGCUGUGUUUUGUGGGGCAAUCGUAUUGUUGUGCCGCCACAAGGUCGAGAGAUUGUUGUGAACAUGUUGCAUGAAGCUCAUCCAGGUAUCUCGCGCAUGAAGUCUGUAGCGUGUGGAUUCGUAUGGUGGCCAAAGAUGGAUGAUGAAUUGGAACUCAAGGUGAAAACCUGUUCUGUGUGUCAACAGUCUCGUCCAGUACAAGCCGAGGCUUCGCUUCACUUUGGGGAAUGGCCCGAACAUCCAUGGAGUCGUUUGCAUUUAGACUAUGCCGGACCUUUCCUGGGAAUCAUAACAGAGAGAACCGGUCCAGUGUCGUUCCAUGUUCGUCUUGACAAUGGUAGUGUUGUCAAGCGCCAUAUUGAUCACCUGCGGUUGCGCCAUGUUCUGACGCAUGAAAGCCAACAUGAUAAAACAGUUCCAUCAACACAUGAACAAUCAGUUCUACCAGAACUACCCGACAAGUUACCUAUGUUGCCUGAACCUGGCAACAUUCCAGUACUUCCGGGUUCUCCUCACCUGCAAGAUGAAGUAACUUCUACAAGGCCGGAGCCACAGCAGGUCUUACCAGAGGCACUAUCUCCUACUCAGUCAGAUUCUUGUGGUGCGCAAGAAUUUCGUCGUUCUUCCAGAAUCCGGAAAGCGCCGGAUAGACUUAAUCUAAAGAUUGCUGCUGAGUUAUGA